AUUCUGAUUACACGAUUAUUGGUACAGUAGAAAUUUUGGCAGUUAGCAGGUCUACAAGUCAAUCGACUUCGGACCGUAGCCAUGAUAAAACUACUGUUGAUAGUUUGGGCUGCUUUCGUUGCAGUUAGCCACGCUGGGCCGGUGCCGUCAGUUCCUGGAGACAACAGCCAUUAUGUAGAGGGUGAGAGCCGUUACAUAUGGAUGUCCGAUGACGACACAGAGCCACGUCUCGUGGACCUCCAAGAACCAGUCGAUGAAGAUUUGCUGCUCACCAGAAAUGGCGCCAACAAUCAAUACUGGCUCUAUACCAGGUCCAACCCCACCAAUCCUCAGCAAAUUGUUCACGGCAAUGCUAACACUAUAUGGAAUUCGAACUAUGGAACCAACCUGCCUGUGAAGAUCCUUGUCCACGGUUGGACUGGCAGCAUGAACAGUGGCAUGAACCCCCUCCUCACGUCAGCGUUCCUUGCUGUUAUGAACUGCAAUGUCAUCGUCGUCGACUGGCGAGGCGUGGCCGGUGGCAAUUACGUUAACGCCGUAAACGGAGUCCCAAAUGUCGGCCAACAUGUAGGAAACUUCUUAACUUGGCUCAUCAACACCACCCGUGGCAACUGGAACAACGUGCAUCUUGUUGGCUUCAGUCUUGGCGCUCACGUCGUUGGCAAUGCUGGACGUACAACUGGCAACCGCCCGGCUAGAGUUACUGGAUUAGACCCCGCUGGUCCUUUGUGGCAUUCAAAUGGAAAUGCCUUGCGCGCUUCGGAUGGACAAUACGUGGAGGCUAUUCAUACGGAUGGUUAUCUUCAGGGGAUCAUGACAGCUAUUGGGCAGGCUAACUUCUACCCCAACGGAGGCAGAAAUCCUCAACCUGGUUGCUCAGAUAGUAUCUGUUCCCAUGAUCGGGCGCCUAGUCUGUUCGCAGUAACGAUCCGGUAUAACAGACACAUCGGAAGACUGUGCGCAAACCUUUCACAGGCUCAGAGCAACAGUUGCACUGGCAGUACUUUCCAUAUGGGCAACAGUAUUAUCAAUAAACGAGGAAACGGCAUCUACGGUCUUCAAACUGGCGCAUCUUGGCCAUAUUAAUUACAAUACUAAUAAUAAUAAUCCUUGAUGAUAUCAGGUUGUUUGAUUUAUACUUUAAUUUUUACAAUUUAUAAUGAAAUGAAUAAAAAAUCAGGAAUAUAUA